AUGGCUGAAACCUCAAUUACUAGACAGCGGUUGGGCCACCUGCUGCUGAAAUUUCCAUAUGAGUGUUUGGGAUUGGACCUGAGCGGGGUGGCACGAGGGAAAUACAUCAGGGUUGUUUUGGAGCACCUAUGGCGACUUAUACGAAACCCUAAUUCGGCUCUGAAUCACCGCAAAAGAGCACAGGUCAUCUUGAUCACAUUGGCAUUCUCAGCCACUACCGCUGCAUCAGGGCUUGGGUACGUGGUUUAUGGGCUCAUUUCCAGGCUCAGGGCUGACAGCUUCAAUAAGCGGAAACCAAUCAUGAGGCGGACGCGGUCUCAGGUAAUGCUCGAUAACGGCGCCAGGGUCAUGUACGUGCCCUACGAGGAAAAUGUUAACAACAAGAAAAGAAUCCUUAUAAGACCCAAAAAUGACGACAUGUACGAGCAUGACAAGUUUCUGUUCAAGUAUUUCGGCAAGAACAAGGUGUCUCAGGUUUUUUACUCCAAAUUCAUCAGCCAGCUGAGCAUUAUUUACCGAAUCCUCGUGCCCAAAUUUACAGAUCGCAAUUCUUUUUUGAUCACUUUCCAGAUCUUUUUCCUCAUUAUGAGGACCUGGCUAUCGCUAUUUGUCGCCAGAUUGGACGGCCAGAUAGUCAAGGACAUCAUUUCAGGUAAGGGAAAGAAAUUUCUGGUCGAUUUGCUUUGUUGGUUUCUGAUUGCAUUUCCAGCGUCAUAUACCAAUAGCGCUAUCAAGUUUUUGCAACGCAAGCUGAGCUUGAACUUCAGAAUAAACCUUACCCGUUACAUUCAUGACAUGUACUUGGACAAAAGACUGGCGUUUUACAAACUAACAUUUGAUAGCCAGGCUUCAAGUUCAGUCAUUGCUAAUAUUGAUAAUUCCAUCACUAGCGAUGUGACUAAGUUUUGCGACGCUAUCUGCUCAGUUUUCGCCAACAUUGCUAAGCCUGUGAUAGAUUUGAUCUUCUUUUCCGUCUACUUAAGAGACAAUUUGGGUACAAUUGGUAUUGGUGGUAUAUUCGUGAACUACUUUAUCACAGGUUAUAUUUUGAAGCGCUGGACGCCACCUCUUGGAAUGCUUGUUAGUAAGCGUUCGGCGGCAGAAGGGGAUUACUACAAUUAUCACCUAAAUUUGAUUAACAACACCGAAGAAAUUGCGUUUUACCAUGGAACUAAAGUGGAGCGCACAAAGGUGAACGCUCUAUACGAUUAUCUCAUGGACCAGAUGCUUUUGGUGGAUCGAGUGAAAAUCAACUAUAACAUCCUAGAGGAUUACGUGUUAAAAUACACUUGGUCUGCAUUAGGCUAUAUAUUCGCUUCCAUUCCCAUUGUGGUCACAACUAUUACCACCGGAGUAAACAAUGAAGAGGUCAAUAUGCGUGAAUUUAUUGUAAACAAGCGACUAAUGUUAUCGCUGGCCGAUGCUGGUAGUAGAUUAAUGCACUCUUUCAAAGACAUUGCUCAGCUAACAGGAUAUACCAACAGGAUUUUCACACUGCUAGCUGUACUACACAGAGUUCAUUCCGCGGACUUUAACUAUGGCGCCAUAGUUGAUGAGGAUAAAGACUCGAAAAUCACGAGCGGCCCGCUAACAAAUACAGAGACUGUCCGUGGCACUGUCCAGCGAAGUUUUAACGGUAUACGACUCGAGAACAUUGACGUCAUAAUCCCUUCUAAACAUGGUAAAGAAGGUACGAAACUCAUUAACAAGCUGCGCUUUCAAAUACCACCUGUUAUUACCCUUGAUAAUACUAAUUCAGAUUCCCAGCUAAACAUUAGUCAAAAAUUGAUGUUUCAGAGUCCUGGAAGUAGCAUGCUAAUUUUGGGGCCCAACGGGUGCGGCAAAACUUCUAUACAAAGAAUAGUUGCGGAAAUUUGGCCAAUUUAUAAUAAGAAUGGUCUGCUUUCCGUUCCGGGUGCCUCUGAGUUGUUCUGUAUUCCUCAAAAACCUUACUUCAUUCAGGGAGGUACAUUUCGAGAACAGAUCAUAUACCCCAUGUCAGCGGAUACGUUCUUCGAUUUAGGCCAUAGAGACAAAGAGUUGGUUCAUGUCCUGGGAGAGGUGAAGUUGGACUACCUGCUUAAGAGAGGUAAAGGCUGGCAAUACUUGGAUGCUGUAGCAGAGUGGAAAGAUGUAUUGAGUGGUGGAGAGAGACAGCGCAUGAAUUUUGCUCGUAUUAUGUUCCACAAGCCAAGGUUUGCCGUUCUUGAUGAAGCGACCAAUGCAAUCAGCGGAGAUAUGGAAGACUACCUCUUCAACUUACUGAAAAGAUAUCGCUUCAAUUUCAUUACCAUAUCGCAGCGUCCAUCGCUGAUCAAGUACCACGAUCUGGCGCUAGAAAUUGGAGGAGACGAGUCUUGGCGUUUGCAGGACUUAGGAACAGAUGAGGCCAUUACGUCAAUCGAGAAGGAGAUCGAAACGCUCGAAGACAAGCUCGAGAAUGUCAACACCUGGGAAGAAGAGCGCUCAGCACUAACAAAGAAGUUAGCUCAUAUUUGA